AUGGCGUACCCGGCUGGAGGAACGGACAACAUUCUGCUUAUCACUGACUCUUACAAGGUGACACAUCAUUACCAGUAUCCGCCCAACUCCACUGUUGUCUGCUCCUAUUUUGAAAGUCGAGGAGGCAAGUUUGAAAAGACAGUUUUCUUUGGUCUCCAGUAUAUCAUAAAGCGCUUCUUAGAAGGUUCAGUGGUCACCAAAGAAAAGAUUGAAGAAGCCCGUGACCUGUACUUUCUUCAUUUUGGCCAUAAUUAUUUUAACGAGGAGGGAUGGAAUUAUAUCUUAGAGCACCAUGAUGGCAAACUUCCGAUGAGGAUCAAAGCAGUCCCUGAGGGAUCUGUAGUUCCCACCAAAAAUGUUCUCUUCACUGUUGAGAACACAGAUCCAAAGUGUUUUUGGCUAACAAAUUAUUUUGAGACCCUGCUAGUUCAGGUCUGGUACCCCAUGACAGUGGCCACAAACUCACGCUACCAGAAGGAAAUUAUUGCCAAAUACCUUGACGAAACUGCUGAUGAUUUGGCUUUCCUUGGUUUAAAACUUCAUGACUUUGGUUUCCGUGGAUCAACAUCUGUGGAGUCUGCAGGGAUAGGCGGAGCUGCACACCUGGUGAAUUUUUGUGGUACAGAUACAAUUGCUGCCAUUGCUACUGCCCGGAGAUAUUAUGGCUGUGACAUGGCAGGUUACUCCAUACCUGCAGCUGAACACAGUACAAUAACAACUUGGGGCAAGGAUGGUGAGACACAAGCCUUCCGUAACAUGCUGACACAGUUCCCUUCAGGUCCCAUGGCCUGUGUCAGCGACAGCUAUGAUAUUUGGAAUGCGUGUGAAAAUGUGUGGGGAGAGAAACUCAAAGACAUUAUUGUUGAAAGAGGAAAAAAUGAUGGUGUAUUGGUUGUGCGACCAGAUUCAGGAGAUCCAGCAGAAGUUGUUAUAAAGGUGCUGACUAUUUUAGAAAAGAAAUUUGGUCAAACAACUAACAAAAAGGGUUUCAAGAUGUUACCUCCUUACCUGAGAGUGAUUCAGGGUGACGGUAUCAGCUACGAAAGUCUUGCUAAGAUUCUGGAGGCAAUGAAGAAAAAUCAAUGGAGUGCAGACAACCUGGUGUUCGGGAGCGGAGGGGCCCUGUUACAGAGAAUGGACAGGGAUACUCAGAAAUGUGCCUACAAGUGCAGCUACGCUGUUAUAGGGGGCAAAGAGGUAAAUGUGUUUAAGGAGCCAAUCACAGACCUGAAAAAGAAGAGUAAAAAGGGACGUUUGACUUUAGAGUAUGAAAAUGGAGAAUAUAAGACUGUGGAGGAAGGAAAAGGAAAUCCAAAUAUGGACGCUUUGGUUACAGUUUUUGAAAAUGGAAAAUUACUAAAAGACUACACUUUUGCUGAAGUGAGAGGAAAUGCAGAAUUGGAACUUGUGAAAGAAAGAAAUAAUAUGAGCAGCUAGAGGAAGGAUGGUUGAAAAUCUGACAUGGUGAAACCUGGUGUAGAUCAUACGGCAGUUUCUGUAGCAGAAUGUCAUCACUUUCCUCAACCUUGUCCACCACAGAGGAAAUGUUAUUCACAAAAUUUCAUUUUAUUACCUAAAAUGAAUGAAUGAUAUAAAGCGACUGUGUAGAACUCUUUUUUCAGACAUGGAAAAUAGGAAUGUUAUAGAGGAUAACAUACACUAAAUAAUGAUAUUUUUAUUAUUAUAACUUGAUAUGUUAUUUUCCAUUUAUGUUUUGUUUUUGCCUAACACUUCUUUCUGUCUGAUAGUUAAAAUGAUAUUUUUAGACCAUGUGAUUUAUAAUAAAUCAAAUAAUAUAAUUAUAUCAUGUGAUUUUGCAGUAUAUCUUGUGAUAUAUGAUCAUUUUUCGUUUUAUAACUUUCUUAUCACAAAAAAAACAUGUUUAAAUGGGAAGAAAAAUCUUGUCAGAAUUAAAUUGAUGAAAUUUUCUCAGGAAAUGAUCCACAUGGUCCAUUUUUGUUCAGAGUUAAUGUAUACAGACAAAAAACAUCAUGAUUUGAAAGUGUGAGAUCAGUUUGUGAUAAUGGACAAGAAUCACUGGAAGUGAUGAUGAAAAAUAACUUAUUAGAUUUCCCACUGAUGAUGCUGGCUAUUUAUAUAUUUUAAAUGUUUAUUUAUGUAUAUUGUGUUCUUCAGUGGUUUACGUUUGCAGAAACAUACAGUUUCUCUAAAUUUUCUCUUAUGCUUUAUAUAAAUUUUCUGUUAUUGUCACAUUUUCCUUUAUGUCAUAUUUUACUUAAUGUCCAAUACAUUUUAACCCACAAAUUAAUCAUUAACAGUAAUGCACUGUAUGAUAUGCCUGAAAUACGAUAUUAAUACCCAUAUUAAAACAGAAAUGAGUCUUGCAUCAAGCAUACCAACUCCUCAGUAGUAUCCUUAUUGUCUUUGUUAUCACUCUACUGCGGAUGAUAAAUAAAAUGUCUUCACUUUGUCCUCUGCUAUGAAAUUUUUAUUUAUGAAAGAGUUUAUCCUUCCAAAUGCAUGUUCUAACAUUCAUUCCAUAUUGCUGUAUUGAGCUAUUUAUAAAAGGGUUAAAACUUGUGUUUGGUGUAAAUGCUUUCAAGAGCAAUGUCUUUCUUCACUCACCUUUAGGACACAAUCCCUUUUUCCUCACUGUAUAUAAUCAUCUUACUGUUAUUUUGACGGUUAUCAUUAUGUGUUAUUAGUGCGGAAUUUAUGUUAUUUUUAAUAAAUUAACGGUAUUUGUAUCAUUUUUUUUAUUUAAUAUCCUUUAAGUACAGAUAUGACAUUAAGAUUAAUUUCCGUUUACCAGGCUUACUUUGUAUUUGUGUGGUUAUUUUGACUGAGAGGAGUUGAGUAUGAUUUCCUCCGACCUUUCAUGUAACUGGUAAAUUCCAGUGGCAAAUUAGACUUUCUGUUCAACCUCAUCCCCAACCUUCACUAACCACUCCCACCCACCAUCACCCCAAAUCCAAUAAAGACAGGGAUAUCCAGUGUAUCACCAGAGACAGGACUCUCUUUUAAUCGAGCUCCUCGAUAUAAAUUGACAUAAUUCACUCACUACAUCAAAACAAAUUAACAUAUAUCCUAAUAAUUCUCUUGCAUUCUGAAAAAUUAUCAGUUAAUGUUAUUCUAAUUCAUGGUAUCAUAUAAUAUAUGAUAUAUAUCUCUAGAGGAAAGCAUGCUUUUCUUGUAAUGUUAGUAGGGACUACAUGGUAUACGUGGAAGCUAUCAGAUGUUGUAGUAGUGAAGAGGUUAAGUUGCUAGGAGACCUCUGCCAGAUACUUGUAAUGUUAGUAGGGACUACAUGGUAUACGUGGAAGCUAUCAGAUAUUGUAGUAGUGAAGAGGUUAAGUUGCUAGGAGACCUCUGCCAGAUACUUGUAAUGUUAGUAGGGACUACAUUAUAUACGUGGAAGCUAUCAGAUGUUGUAGUAGUGAAGAGGUUAAGUUGCUAGGAGACCUCUGCCAGAUACUUGUAAUGUUAGCGGGGACUACAAGCAUAUAGGCGUAACAGCACUAGAGAAGAGAUUUGGUAAUAUUCACAUAUACUUAGAUAUAGAUACAAGUCCAUGCUAUUAAUUUUAGU